UAAUCUUGUAAUUUUGUCCAACUCUAAGAGCACUCUUUCCUCCAUAGACCAUGUGUGUAUAUAUAUAUUGAACAAAGUUGUCAAAACUACCUAGUACUCGUUAACACUCUCCACCCUUUUUCUGAAAAAGCAAACAAACGUUGCCUAUUUCUUUGGCUCCUCCACACUCACUUUCUCACUCUUUCAUUUCCUUCACUUUCUCUCUCUCUCUCUCUCUCUCUCCUGAGAUACAAAAAAUGUCACCAGAGAUAGGAAAAAGCAACAAGAUCCGACACAUUGUUCGGAUCCGACAGAUGGUCCAACGUUGGAGGAAGAAGGCGCGCAUCGCGGCGGCGCGUGCGCUGACACCGCCUUCGCCGACCGACGUUCCCGCCGGACACGUGGCGGUCUGCGUCGGGACCAGCUGCAAGAGGUUCAUCGUGCGCGCGACGCACCUGAACCACCCCAUCUUCAAGCGCCUCCUCGUACAAGCCGAAGAAGAGUACGGGUUUUCCAACCAGGGUCCCCUGACGAUUCCAUGCGACGAGUCGUUCUUCGAAGAGGUCCUCCGAGUCGUGACUCGCUCGUCGUCGUCGUCGAACUCGUCCGCCGAGUCAUCGUCCCACUGCCACGUCGGCAUCAGGACCCACCUUGACUUCUUAGGUGAAUCUCGACCGUUGCUUCAUGGGUUGGCUGAUACCAAAUCAAUCUGCUCAUGAGCUAAGGGUUAGCUAUGGAGGAUUAACAUGGAGAUGGCAAAGAGGGUUUGGUUUUUUACUGAGUCAUCCCGAGUUGAAAUCGUUGGAAGUGAUUUUAUAUAAUUUUUAUUAUCUGAUUAUUGUUAUAUCUCGAUCUUGUAAAAACUUUGUUGACUUGAAUGUAGGAAUUUGAUGGAGAGAUGUAUCAAAAUUUGUUUUCAUCUAUUAAA